AUGAUACGUGACCAUUUACGACGUCAAGAGGUGGAGUUACGCCAGCAAUUGCUAUCUCUCCGGCGUGAAAUUAAGGCGAAGUCGGUAGGCCCAAAUGCUAGUGGGUACAUGGCUUUCCUUCUCUGGAGAGACCUUGCUGCUCGGCUGCAACAGGAGCGCGAGGAUGCUGAAACUCAACAGCAAGAGCUUCGAGUAAUGGCGAACAGACAAGCCAUGUACAUAUCUGCUCUACGCGACAUCCUGACAAAAAAAAUCGGCGAUCCGAUUAUCUCCCCUUUCACCAUGGAACCAGUAGCACCUUUCAGUAAGUACAUUCAACAGCUCGAGACAAGUUUCCACCAAACGGAUGAAGUUUUUCGCGCGGACUACAAACACGAGGCCGAUAAACGUUUCUACGUUCGAUCUAGACUCGUUCUGCCGUCAUCGCUAUCUGAAGCGAAUAGCGUUAUGUGGCAACUGGGUCAGCAGCAUUUUAGAGAUUCGCAGGACUACAUGGGUUAUCCCGAUGGUGCAUAG